CUCGCCCAUAAUGCUGUUCGCACCGCAGAGGUCGUCCUAUCACACAGAACGCGGCGCGAUUGUUUCUAUAAAGGGAAUGUCAGGUUUACUGAGGAAGAUUCAUGAAUCCCUUCUAAAGAUCCUCCUUUUCCAGCCCAGAACAGGAGCAGGGCAUCAAAAACCAAAGGCUUCUGAGGUACUCACACAACAUUUGCUACAAAGGCAACUUCCCUAUUGGACUUCUUUUUCAGUUAAGUACAGCUCAGUGGAAAACGACCAGUUUGGUUUAUCUCAUUUCAACUGGCAGGUUGAGGGUGCUAAUUACCACAUCUUAAGGACUGGCUGCUUUCCUUUUGUGAAAUACCAUUGUUCCAGAGCACCCUGGCAAGACCUUGGGCUUGAGAAUUCUUUCUUCACAGCUCUCAAAGUCAUCAAUUUAGGUUUACCAUGUUUAGCCUAUGGGAUUGGCUCUUGGCUCUUUGUCUCUGUCACAGAAACAGUUUGCACCAGUUUGGGGCCUGUGACCAUCUACUUCUUGUACAAGGAAGAAGACGGUGCCAGAUUCUAGGAGUGUCUGGUCAAGCUGUGCUAAAGGAAGGUGUUCUUUCAUCUUACGCAUUGGCACGCUAUCUUAGACAAAAAGUAAUGUUCAAAACUCUGGAAAUAAAGUUUUGUGUUCAGAGAGAGACUGCUGCUGUCAGCCAGUCCUAUAUCACUAUGGGAUUCAGGGCUGUGGGUCUUUAGGAGCAUCUGUAGUCAUCUACUCCAGGCUUCUGAUAAAGGGCUCUGCUGACUCAGCCACUCAAUACAAGGUGACGAAUUGGGCCUCCUGGCUGCAGCAGAAUGCACAGCCCCCUUCAAGGUUCAUCUGUGACAAACGAUGCUAUUGAUCUGGCUGCUCUGAGCCGCUAAUCUGCCUCUCGAUUUCUCGUCGUACUCUCUGUGUAACAAUUAAACAAAAUAAUCAUUUCUUGUAUUACAUAGAAA